CCAUGUCUAUCUCGCUCAAACUUACGCCGAGCUUCGCUCUCCACGUCCCUCAUCGCGGUUUCAAUCAGAUUCCAUCUUUAACCUUUUCUACGGGCCUUAUCUCCCAGAAUUUCAAGAAACUAUCUUGCUCAAUCAACAAUGAACGCAACACUGUUAAUGGACCAAUUGACAAUGGCAACUACUCAGCAAACAAUGAAGGUUCGACGGCAGGAAAGAGUGAGAGUAGUCAAGGAGAAUCGUUUUCACCUAAGGAUGUGUUGAAGAGAUUGAGAAGAUACGGUGUUGCCGGAGUGUUGUCUUAUGGGCUACUGAAUACAGCUUACUACCUUACUACCUUUCUUGUUGUAUGGUUUUAUGUUGCCCCAGUACCAGGAAGAAUGGGUUAUAUGGCAGCCGUUGAGAGACUUCUCAAGAUUAUGGCCAUGGUUUGGGCCGGAAGCCAAGUGACUAAGCUUAUUAGAGCAGGAGGGGCCCUUGCUCUUGCCCCCCUUGUUGACAGAGGGUUGUCAUGGUUCACCCUCAGAUUUAAGUUCGAUUCACAGGGAAAGGCUUCCAUGGUGAUUGUAGGAUUUUGUUUUGGGUUGGCUUUGAUGCUGUUUUUGGUUGUGACUGUGCUCUGGGCAUAGGUUAUUCGGUUUGCCUUACUUCCUAGUAAAGAUCUUAGUAGCUCCACAAUUUUGGUUUCAUAUUGCCGUUGAGAGAAGCUAAGAAAAAAGUGUAUUUAAAAAGUAUUAUAAGGUGUUGUGAAGAUUAUGAAAA